UUCCACCUGUUUACCUAUUUCACAUUGAAAACCUGUCAUCCAUUGCGCAUUCCAAUGAAUUGUUAUUACUCCAGUAGAGUGGCAGUGUCUGUUGUAAUCCCGUGAAUAUUUGAUUUGGGUGUUGGUGUUGUACCUGGUUGUUGCUUGUUUACAGUGAUUUAAAAUCAUACAUAAGUAUCAAGUGAUUGUUGCGUGAUUGUUGUUUGUGCGAAUUGUUUGGAAGUUAUGUCAUACUUUUUUACAUUCCGGUGACCGAAUCAUUUCAACAUCACAAAGACAGAAUAAGCUGACUCGUCGCAGAGUAUUAUGCCGGAAGCUCCGAGUAUGACGCAGAUUGAUUCUGAGACAGCGGACAGCGGCAACCGGACCAAUGCCAAAAGUCCGGCUAAUAGAGGCAAAGUGGUGACCGCCAAUGUUAUGCUGCUCGAUGGAACAACAUUGGACGUCAACUUACCGAGAAAAGCCAGAGGUUCGGAAAUAUUUGAGAAAGUUUGCGAUUACUUGAACCUAUUAGAAAGAGAUUAUUUCGGUUUGAAAUACGAAGAUAAAUACGAUAGAAAUAACUGGCUCCAGUUGGACAGGAGGAUUUCAAAAUGUUUAAAAAAUGAACCGUGGAAGUUUAAUUUUGAAGUAAAAUUCUACCCACCGGACCCAGCUCAGUUACAAGAAGAUAUUACGAGAUAUCAGCUAUGUUUACAGAUAAGAAACGAUAUAUUAUGCGGCAAGUUACCUUGUUCGUUCGUAACGCACGCGUUACUCGGUUCGUAUCUAGUUCAAUCCGAACUUGGAGAUUAUGAUCCCGACGAACACGACAGCAUAAGCUAUUUAAAAGACUUUCAGUUUGCUCCCCAACAGCAACCGAAUCUUGUGGAGAAAGUUAUGGAACUCCAUAAAACACACAAUGGUUUAACACCUGCCGAAGCUGAACUUUUAUAUUUGGAAAACGCUAAAAAAUUAGCCAUGUAUGGCGUCGAUCUACAUCCGGCCAAAGAUUCAGACAAUGUUGAUAUUAUGCUAGGAGUGUGCGCCAGUGGAUUAUUAGUUUUCAAAGACAGGUUAAGGAUAAACAGAUUCGCUUGGCCGAAAAUUUUGAAAAUAUCUUACAAACGACACAGCUUCUUUAUUAAAGUUCGACCCGGCGAAUUCGAACAAUACGAAUCGACCGUAGGGUUCAAACUAUGCAAUCAUCGAGCAGCCAAAAAGUUAUGGAAAACUUGCGUCGAACAUCACACCUUUUUCAGAUUAAUGUCACCGGAACCCGCCCAGAAAUUAGGUUUCUUCCCUCGACUCGGAUCCAGAUUCAGGUAUUCCGGACGAACGCAUUACGAAACGAAAAAAAUCCCGAUCGAAAGACCAGCGCCUCAAUUCCAGCGUACUUUGAGUGGACGUCGACCACCUUCUCAUAGUUUAGAAGGCUUAGGUGUGACUACACAUCUGGGUGAAGAUUUCGGUCAACCGGCUACCAAUAAAAGACACACCAUGUCUCAUCCGGAAGAAAUACCAGAACUUGAAAGUCCGUUCAAGAAACGUAAACCAGAAUCUAAAACAUCUCCGGUUAAAACGAAGAAUAAAACGAAGGAUACUAGCAGCUCUGGUAGCUCGACUAGCUCGGUCGAAGGCGAAUACGACGCUGAAAAAAGUAAAAAUGAAGAAAAAGUCAAAUCUCCGCCCAAGACGUCUGGAGGCUUAUUCAGCAGUUUUAUCUCAAAGUCGUCCUCGCAAAAACGCAACAACAAGGUGAAAUCCAAGGAAGAAAAGGAGAACAUGAACGAAGAAGAGUUGGCUGCAGCCACCGCAGCCGGAGACGGCGUCAAAGAUGGUAAAUCCAAAAAGAAGGAGAAAAAAGAUAACAAAGCCGGCGGCAAGAAAGGCGAUAAAAAAACGUCGAAAUUAUUCCAACGUGUGGUCCGAGGCGGAAGCGUUAAAAGUGGAGGCAAAUUGGAUUCAUCGGUCGAGUCAGCGGAUGUUUCUUCGCUGCAGACGUCGUCGCCGGAUCAGUCGAAUUUAACCAAUGAGACGAUUACUUCGGACGAUAACGAAGGCUUAAACAUCACUUUCACUCGAACUCCGAAAGUGACCAGGCAAUACGAUUACAUCGAAGAGUCCGGUCAACAGGAUAAGAAACGUAAACCGAUCGGAGGAUUUACCUACGAAGGUAAAAAGACGACGGAUCCGAAUGGCAAAGACAGAUUAGGCAGCGACGAUUCUCCGGCCAAGAAAGUGACCGGUACUGCGUUCAAUUACGCGCCCGGAGAUAUGAAGAAACUCGUCGAAACUGCGACUGAGAAGCGUAAAGCGUUGCAAGAGAAGAACGUCGACGUUAAUAAACCGGCUAGCGAAUCUAAACCGCAGUCUGAGAAAUCCGGCGGAUUAUUCAGUUCCACUGGUAGCCUGCGAGAUAAAUUGAGCUUGCGUAAGGAACCGAAAGACGCAGCUGCUCGUAAACAGACUGCUGAAGAAGCUGCAGCCGCGGCUAAAAAGGCCACUAAAGAGAACGCUCCGGGAGCUGGUGCCAGCGACGGUAAAGAUCCUUCCAAGAAAACAGAUUCGAAAAAGGUUCCGGUCAAAGAAGUCCUCUUGACUACGGAACAGAUCAGAAAUAUAUCUAAAUCUUUAGAUAAGCCGGAAGAUGGCAGCGGCGUGUUGUUCAAGAGGACUCAGAAAACCGAAGAAGAAUCUGCCCUUAAUCGCACCUACACCACAACAACCCACCGAACAUACACAACCGAACCUGGCAAAGAUUCCACCGUCUCCAGUCCGGAGUCUCCCAGCGCCAUUUACAGCCAAGUCAAGAAAUCUGGCCCAACCACCGCUACUAGCCCCACCUCUGGUAAACCAAUCAAAGAGACCGAAUUUGGAGUAGAUCCUUCGGUCGUGGUCACCACAAGAACCUCAACUGAUACGUUUUCGUCCAGCUUCGCCAAUACGUCGGCUUUGUCCGGAGCUUCUUCGGUGUUCAGCGAGAAAGAUCGCGAACGCGAAAGUAUCGAAACGUCCAAAGGCAAUGUAUCCGCCGUCUCCGGAGUUUCUUCGGUGUUCAGUGAAAAAGAUCACGAACGCGAGAGUAUCGAAGCUUCCAAAGAUUUCAUCAGUCAAGAAAGACGCAAUUCGUCCACGUCCGAAAAAGCCACGCCGCUCGGUACGACUCCGAUGAUCGUGAAAACCACCACGAAACAGACUAUGGUCAAGGACCGCGAAGGAGUUACGCAGAAUAUCGAAGAAAAAGUCGAAGAUUUAUUAUCGGGCGCUGUCACCGUGUCCACUCAAGUUAACAAGGCUGAGGGCCUAGGCGAUAACGGACGAUCUCCUUAUAUCACUGCCACUGCUGUUACAACUCGUACCGCUACCACACACGAAGACUUGGAAACGAAUGCGAAAACUAGCCAGGUUGAAGAAAAGACAGUCGCUCACAGCACGACGACCAGUGGCAAACGCCAAGAGCAACGAACCGUCACUCAAGAAGUGAGAUCUACCUCGACGAUAUUAGCGGAAAAUAAUCAAUCGCUAAGCAGACACUCGAGUAGUUCGAGUUUAAGUUCAAACGACUCAGGAACACCGAUUGACUUUGACGAAGACUCUUCUCACGGUUUAGGAUUCAUGAACGGCAACUUUCAGAAGAACGAUGUACCUAUUGUGCAAACGGAAUCGAAACUUUAUACCGGCGAUACUAAUAAUGUAGUAACAGCCACCACACAAGUACCUUUGGUAGCCACCGAAUCUCGCAAAGUAAAUGUAGAAUCUGAAGAUGGAGAUAGUACCUUUAUUGCCGGAGAGAUCGUUUCGUCGCAGACCAUCUCGAGUAAAACGAGAACGGUUGAAACUGUCACGUACAAAACCGAAAGAAACGGCGUAGUUGAGACCAGAGUCGAGCAAAAGAUCACAGUUCAAAGCGACGGCGAUCCGGUCGAUCACGAUAAAGCUCUAGCCGAAGCGAUCCAGGAAGCUACAGCCAUGAAUCCGGAUAUGACUGUCGAGAAAAUAGAAAUCCAGCAACAGCAGCAACAACAACAGCCAUAAAAAUAAAUAAAUUAUAUCUUUUGAAAAGAUGCACCUGAACCGCACUUUGGUACACGUUACGGAUGAAUAAUUAUUAUUCUAUUCAUCGACGUUUGUUUUAUAGGUUCUAUUUUUUUCGUUUUGUUUUUUUUUUCUACGCACAAAUCUACGUAUUUAUUUUUAUUUUCUAUAACGAAUUUUGAAAUUGAACUAUUUAUUAUUAUUUUAGACAUUUUUUUCUUUCCUCAUUUUGGAGAAACUUUCAAAAAGUUUCUGCAUAGUUUUGAGCAUUCCAUUUUUUUUAUACGUUUUAAAAUAAUGUAUGAACAAAUUUUUUUACAGUGUGAAUCGUCGAAUGUCCAGUCGACGGUUGUUUUAUAUUAUGUAUUUUUUUUCCCUCGAUUUAUCUUUUAUUCUACGAUGGUGACUAUUUAUCUACUAUGGAAUUUUUUAUGCAUGAAGUUUUAGAAUUACACGUCGCAAAACGGAUAUGUAAUAUUUGAAUAGUUGUUGAAACUAGUUACAUUUUUGUUAUUAGUUUAUUUAUUAUUAUUAUGUAGCAUUGAUUUAUAUCUGUGAACAGAAAAAAAUGUAAAAUAUUUUUACCUCACAUAUUGAAUAUUAUAAUUUUUAGAUAUUGAA